AUGUUCAGAACCGCCGGGAGCGACGACUUCCUGGAAAGUCUCGCGGGUCAAGCCGGCCGGGAUUGGUGUCCGGCCCAGGCGAAGCUGAGCCGGACUGGAGGUUCCGAGGCUCCUUGGUCCAUGGCUCUAUGCAUCGCAACGGAGCCAGCCAUGGCGAGCGUAGCUCACGAUGUCAUAAUGCCGGUAUCGGUCAAUCUCCAAGUGAUCGUCAUGGAUAACUACUAA